ACUUACAAACAAAAUGGCCGUCUGUCGGCUAGAUCCCUGUGGAAUUAUAUGCAUUUUUAUUACAUAUACAUCAAUUUUUUAUGCUGAUUAUGUUGUGGUCCAGCAUCUAGUUAUUCCAACGAUGACAGAAUCACUUUGGGGUGCUUUCUGUGUUGUAUUUUUCAACACCAUUGUCCUCUUGAUGACAGUAUCACAUCUCAGGGCAGUGUUGUCAGAUCCUGGGGUUGUUCCCAUACCAAAAACUAGUAUGGACUUCUCAGACAUUCAUUCGGAAAAUGCUAAGAGAAAAACAAAUGAUGGCUGGACAGUGUGUAUGAAGUGUGAAACUUAUCGUCCUCCAAGAGCUCAUCACUGUAGAGUUUGUCGCAGAUGUGUCAGGCGGAUGGAUCACCAUUGUCCAUGGAUCAAUAACUGUGUGGGAGAGUAUAAUCAAAGAUUUUUCAUACAGUUUUUAUUUUAUGUAGGUAUGGCCAGUGUAUUUGCCAUUACGAUGGUCAUUGUUUCCUGGACACUUGAACCAAAAGUGAAAAAGGAAAUUAAGCAUACAAAAUUAAUCCAUUCAGUCAUUUUGGUGAUAGAGAGUAUUUUAUUUGGUUUGUUUGUCAUUGCCAUUGGAUGUGAUCAGAUGUCUGCAAUAUUGCAUGAUGAAACAGCAGUUGAACAUGUCAAGAAAGAAGGUCAUGUUCGAGUUAGAAAGUCAAGAUUAACUUUAUUACAAGAAGUUUUUGGCAGAAGUCAUCCCAUACUCUGGUUGUGGCCGUUUCAGAUGGACAGACCCAAAGACACAUCAGAUGCCAUAUUGUAUAAUAUAUAAUCAGUACCUGUACAGCAAUUUUUUUUACUUUAAUUUAUUUUUUCGCUCAUUUUAUGUAAAUACCAUUACUAUUGUUUUACAGUUGGUCAAACACUGGAGUUGAUUUUAUUAUCAACAUUGUUAACAGAAUAAUGGGGAUUUUCCAUUACAUGUAUUCCAUUGUGUUAUACUUAUGACAUAAAAACUGUUUAUGCAAUAUGUUUAGAGUGUGUCAUUCUAAAUUCAGUUAUUUGGUUGCUGUGUAAAUUUUUUAAAAUGAUUUCCUCAUAAGAUGUGAAAGUCAGUUUUUUUUUAGUCGAAGUCUUUGUUCCUUAGUUUGAAUUAUAUUUGGAAUUAGUUGACACGGACAUUGAAGAUAUGUUUUAAUUCCAGCCACCCAGAAAGCUUUCAGACUUGUUUGACAGACAGCCACUUCUUCAAACUGAAUCUUCAUGUACCAAAACAUUCUUUUAACACAAACAAUUUUCAUUGCAUUGGAUUGCUGGUUAUUAGGACCAAUAUGAUCACAUCCUGUUUUAGUCCAAUUAACCAGAUUUGGCUGUAAUUUAAUGCUAGCCUAAUUGCUGCUAAUUUUAUUUAUAUUCAUUUCCAUUAUAAAAGGCUAAAUAAUAUCAGUGAUUAGCAAACGUGGUGUGUUAACAUACAAAUACUAAUUGCCUUUAUUUUAGCCUACAAAAAGGCUAAUGACCACUUAAGAGCUGGAUGAACUAUGGGACUUUUGUGGAGAUGUCAUAUGACUUGAACUUAACCACUAGACUACCCUAUCUCCUGAUCUAAGCUGACACAAAGGCAGAAAUUUCUUGAAACCUAAAAUAAGAACCAUCGUUGAAAUGUUUUACCUACUAGUUCAAAAGUUCGAAAACAGACAUUUCAUAUGUUAAGAUUUGAUGCAUUGUUCUAUAUUCCUUGAAGACUGAACAGAAAUGAAGUCUUGUUCUUGAAAGAGACUAAACAAAAAUUAAAGUUUUAUGUAAAUUUGUUGGACUAACAUGACAAGAUUGCUUACAUAGAAGUAAAUUUUUUUUUUUAUUUAAAACCACAGCGUUAUAGUUAUGUGUCUAAGAUUGUGUUUUUAAUAGUGGUUUUGUUAUAAACAGAGAGUCAGUAUUUUCACUAGAGUGUUUGAGACUGUGUAGGAUACAAACGGUCUACAGUUUUUUGUUUCCUAAAGUAAAAUCAGUUUAGACUGAUGGUGAUUUGUAUUUUAUUUGUUUCUAAAAGUAUGCUUGUCAAGUUGUAAAAUCUGACUUUGUAAUUAACUUUUCACUUUUAUAAUAAUAAUAAUUUUGUGAAAAUAAAAGGAGCAGCUAAUAUAAAUUUGUUUCUUUAUCAAAAUCUCAAUUUUGUGUAUGUAUUCAAAUCGCUUGCUUCCUCGAUUUAUUAUAUAAUUUGAAACAAAAAAAGGCGUCAAGGGUAAGACAUUGUUUUUCCAUAAUGUUGCUUUGUAUUUCAACAAAUUUAGUGUUAUUUCAUCAAUGUUGCUUUGUAUUUCAACAAAUUUAGUGUUAUUUCCACAAUUUUUUUGGGUGGGGGGGUUAUUUUAAAAAACUUUUGUUUUUCAAGAUUUUGUUUCACUUGAAUGAUUUUUAAAAUAGAAUUUUCAAUUUAGUAGUUUUAUAUUUUUUUAUUUGUUUGUCUUGUCAUGUUUCUAUAUUCUUCACUUUCCUUUGGGCAGCUACUGUAGUGACACACUUGUGUACUGUUGUUGCUUGGUCAUAAUUGCUCUCUUAUCUUUUUUUUCAUAUGAUUCUUCUUUGGUUAUAAUAAAAGUGUGAAGAGUAAGGAAGAAUGCAGUUUUUACAAUUAUUUUGACGUUCAACAGAAUGAGAGUCUGAAAAGCUUAUUUCUGAAUGUAUUAUUUGAUGCAUAAGAAAAUUAGGUCUAUUGUAGGUUUUUGAGUUAUAGAUUGAAUUUGACUGCAUAAUGACAGUUUUUGUUAAUUUCUAUCUAGACAUUUAACCAAUUCCUUUUUUUUUUUUUUUUUUGUAUUGCAUUUUCUCGUUCACAAAGUCUGCCUUUAAGACCAAAUUUAAUGUCAAACAGCCAAAAUUUAAUUACUUUAUCUGGAUAUUUUUGCUAAUCAUAAAGAGACUAAAAUUGCUUGUGUUUAGAAAGAUGGUCAUGUCAUCAGAUCUAGUUUGGUGCUCCAACGGUUCAACAGACUACGGGUAAGGUAAAGGUGUGAAAAUUGCUUUGAGAAAAUGGUGUAUCCUUUUUUUUUCCUGUCUUCAGUGUCAUUCCCUGAGUCAUCAUCACAGACCCAAUUUAGUUUUAUUCUACUUGGAAAGUGGUAGAUUUUUCAUGUAUUUUAAAGAUUGUUGCUGUAUAUUCCUGCAUUGAUCUCUUGUUGUUUUUAUUCUCUCUCUCUCUCUAUACUAUACACAAUAUAACAUAGAGACACCUACUUUAACUAGCAUGCAGAGUUCUUGUCCAAAGAUCAAAGAGUGCCAGGAUACUGGUACUUUUGACUGACCAGUACAUAAAGAUUCUUUUCCUGUUGGUGCUAAAUUUACCUGGAUCUAAAUUCACCCAUCUACAUUUCUAAAACUUUACUAUUGUGCUUAGAUGACCACCAGUCCUUUUCCUUUGACUGACCUGCCAAGGGCUCAAACCUGGGACUUGCAACUGAUUAUCUUAGAGCUCAACCCUUCAUCCACCAGGUCCAUUCUUUGAUUCUGUUCUUUGUAUACAGCUUUCUCAGCUCCUUGAUCAAAACUUUUUCUGACCAAUAUCUUAGGGUGUCCCUGCUGUUUGCUAAGCCAUUUACAACUUUUUUUAAAAGCACAGUAUUUAACCAAGAUCUUUAUUUGAAGUUAAAUGUAUUAUUUUUAAACUUGGCUUUUUCUGGCUUUUCCUAUUUGUUCAGAUGCACCUUUAAUAGCUUCAGAUACUUUGUUCAGAUGUAUUUCUUUUGGCUUUAGAUACUUUGUUGGGAUGUAAUCUGUGUUUUAAUAUAUUUCCAGAUUGAACUUGUCUUUUGUCAAGACACUUAAAACCAGUUAAAAAAUUUAAAUACAAAAUUAAAUUGAAUAAAAAAGAUUUUUUCCUAUUCAUUCUCUGACACUUUAGUCUCAUGUUAGUUAUUGGUGACUUUGCCCCAUUCUUUAACACCUCAGUCUUAUGUCUCUACAGUAGCAAAUACUUCACUCUGGUGAAAUAUCUCACUGACCUGUAAUUUAAAGUCACAAAAUGCUGAUAUGCAAAAAAAUAUGGAUCUGGAGCAGUUCGAAAUCAAUUUUUGAAGAAUCAGAGCUGUGUGAAAUUGAUUUUAGUGUUAUCAAUGCAUUGUGAAAUUGAUUUUUUUGUGAAAUCAGAUUUGUGUGAAAUUGAUUUUAGUAUUAUCAGUGCAGUGUGAAAUCGAUUUUUAGUGGAAUCAGAUUUGUGUGAAAUUGAUUUUAGUAUUAUCAGUGCAGUGUGAAAUUGAUUUUUAGUGGAAUUAGUUUUGUGUGAAAUUGAUUUUAGUAUUAUCAGUGCUGUGUGAAAUUGAUUUUUAGUGGAAUCAGAGCUGUGGGAAAUAAAAUUUCUUAAUAAAUAAAUUCCUUACUCUUAAUGAAUACUACUAAUUAAAAUGUUUGCUCUCUGUAUUUGUUAACUAGGGUUUGACCAACAGCAACAUAAUUGUAGUUUGUUGCUAUUUAAACAGUUUCUUUAAUGUGGGGAACAAAGUUACAAUGAACAACAGUAUAAAACAGAAAAAUGGUGUUGAUGGUAAACCCAGUUGUUUUUUUUUUUUGUUUCUUUUUUUUGUUUUUUUUUUUAAUUUGUUUUUCUUAUGUGUCCUUACAAAUUGAGAUUGUUCAGGUAGAUACAAAGAUGUUUUGUUCUAUUUAUUGACUUGCAUAUUUAUAUGAAUGGUUCUAUUUAUUUGCACAAUGAAAUUAUUAAUAUCUUAUUUUAUUUGCUGUGUCAUUGUGAUUUAUCUUCUAUAAUCAGUUCUGUCUGGCCAUUUUUUUUUAAACACUAUUUUGUGAUACAUUUCUGUACGUCAGUCGUUGAUGUGGUUUGAGAAAAUCUAUUUGUAAUUCUUUUAUGAUGUGUUAGCAGUGGAUUAUAAUUUAUAAAGUAUACAUAUAAUGUUAUCUUGUAUUCACCUUCAGUUGUUUAUUCAGUUUAAAUCUCUUCUUUUAGAUGUUGUAGACUAUUAGUGAAAUGCUGUGUCUUUCAUUGUCUUUUCAGUCUUCUGUACAGUACCUAUAUAUACAGUAGAUAUGUACAGUACCUAUAUACACAGUACCAAAUCAUUCUUGCUAAUGUUCACAUCUUGUAAGCUUGUGACUACCAUGCUACAUUGUCCCAUGCUACAUUUUUCCUGCUACAUUGUCCCAUGCUACAUUGUUUCUUGUUUCCUCUUGCUUUAAAAGUGUUGUUUUUUGUCUACACCUUUGGACUGCUUUGUACAAGAAUAUAUAUUCAUUUUUUUAUCUCUAAUGUUUUGACAUUCCUAGUUACUGAGCCAUAGGCUGAAUGUAAGACACAAGAUCAAGCUUAACUUUCAUUUGGCUGAAUGCCCUUUGAUUGCCAUGUUCUUUUGGUUUGUGUAUUGUAUUGUUGAUUGUUACUUUAUUGGGCAUAUGUCCUUGAGCCCAAUGUUUGGCUCUGAAAAGAAAUGAGAUAUUUAGAGUCAUGCCCAGUCAGAUUUUAUAAACUGAAGAUUGGAGCCUUUAGAAAGAGAAAGAUUUUUUAAAGGUCCAGCAAAAAGGACUUUCACAAAUAUAGAUCAAUUAUUUUUAAACCCUGCCCAAGACACUCGGAACCUUUACGUGCCAAUGAGGUCAGUGUUACUGAAAAUUAUAUAUAUCUCUAUACUGUCCAUUCGACAGUUAAAUUCUACAUAUUUUAGAAUUGACUUUUUUUUUUUGCCGCUGUGCAAAGCAAAGUGUGUUUUUUUUUAAAUAUAUAUUUUUUUAAAAUAUUUUGUUUCUUUAAAAAGGAUCCGAGUUUUCAAUCUCAACUUGAAAAGAGUUCGUUUGUACUCCUAAGGAACCGGAAACGUACCCAGUUCCCAAUCGGAGGUCCAGAAUUAUGUCCCUUUAGGAGAAGUCCAGAUUAGCAUAAUAACUGCCCUUGAGUGAAGUACUACAACAUAGUACUGUCCUGUCCCUAUUUCUUUUUCAUCCUCGCUUAGCAAGACUUUGGAAACCACGAGUUUUUGUCUAUGUGUAUGUGUGUGUGUGUGGUGGUUGAAAACAUGACUUUCUGGGUGUGCUUUCUUUCGCAACUACAACAUCGAGGUUUCAGAAGGUUGAUCUUUUUUUUUUCUUUGCUGCGUCUAGCUGUUUAAUUUAUUGUUUCUUUGAUAGUUUUUCUCCCCCCUCCCCCCGCCCAGAUACUACUAGACUAAAUGUCCACUUGUGUAAAAUUGUUAAGUGUUGAUGACGAAAUCAAAACGUGUGCACAUUGAAAUGAAACAAUGUCUUUUGUCUUACAAGUGGGUGCUAUUUUUUUUUUGGUCCAAAAGCGUUGGUCACGUGACUGUUAACAAUGAUCGUCUGCAUUUUUUUUUUACUUCCCUCCAUGGCGUGCCCGUGUGCUAUGACUGUUCAUUUGAUUUGACUUGUGAAACUGAACAUAACCAGUAACUUGAGUCUUGACAUGAAAUAAAUCAUUGAACACAUUGAAA